ACAACCCCGAAUAUUCCUACCUUCGUUUCGGCUAUCGAGUCUGCUACCCACAGUCCCGUCCACUUCUGACAAAAAGAAACCUCAACCGUCUCGAAGAUGCAGCUCAGCCAUGCCCUUGCCAUCUUACUUGCAAGCACCUUUGCUAAUGCGCAGAUUCCGAAUGUCCCCGCAUGCUCGCUGAACUGCUUCAUCACCGCCUUUCAGUCCGAUGGAUGCUCACAAUUGAUGGACUUUGCCUGCCACUGCCAGAAGCCUGAGCUUGUCACAACAAUCACUCCUUGCGUGCAACGUGCAUGCAAUGUUGCUGAGCAGUCUACCGUAUCUUCCGAGGUCGUUCACCAAUGCUCCGUUGUCGGCCACCCUAUCUCGAUCCCUCCAGUCGGCGGUAGUCCGGAGACUACAGCACAUUCUUUGACUGGGUCCAAGAGUUCUUCUGCCUCUGAAACCGGUGUGGCGCCUUCAACGACCUCAGCUUCAGUAUUAUCUACAUCCUCCUCCUCAUCUUCAUCCACAUCCGCAUCAUCCGCAUCCUCGUCCUCAUCCUCGGCCUCAACCUCGUCUUCAUCUUCAUCCACGUACUCUUCUCCGUCUCCGGCUAGCUCAGGAUCAGUCACCCUGCCAACCGUCUCCUCCUCAGGCACACCUUCAUCUUCGAGGGCACCAUCUUCAGGAUCUCCAACCGGAUCCAGCCCUCACGGAUCAUCUUCAGGAGCUCGCAGUCCAACAAGCUCCGGAUCAUCCACGUCUCGAACAAGCCCCACGGCCCCCCUUGCAACCGGCUCCGCAUCGACUGUCAAGGUGGGUAUGAUUGGUGCUGCCAUCGUGGCUAUAGUAGCAUUGUGCAUGCUAUAGAUCCCGGACCUGGAGUAUGAAAGGGAUUCGAGAUCUACUCUAGUUGAUCCUGCUUCGUCUGAAGAGAUGGAAGGUGUAUAGAAAGUACCUACCUGUAAUUUGUGUUGUUUUCCGGGCUUGGUUCCUUACUACCUUUCUUUCUUCCUUUGCUGUUGCACUCUCUCCAACUAAUACUUACUCAUCUUGGAUACUG